AUGAAGCGGAAGUCCGAGAGCGGCCCGGACAGCAGAGCCCAGUCGCCCGGGAAGAAGUUGUGCAAAGGUUCGGAGCGUGGCAGGGUGCUGGGCCCCUGCGUUGCAAGUCCCACGGCAACCUUUGGGGACCUGCGGAAUGCCAAGGCAGGCCAGGCCCGCUGCCGACACGUCCCCCCCAUCACCCCACCCCCUGAGCUCCAGGACUGGCUGCGCACUUUCCAGCUGGCGCUCUACGUGCUCUCCUUCCUGGAGCCCCGCGACCUGCUGCGUGCCGCCCAGACGUGCCGCUACUGGCGCAUUUUGGCCGAGGACAACCUGCUCUGGCGGGAGAAGUGCCGGGACGCAGGCAUCGAAGAGCCGUUGAGCCUGCGCAAGCGGCGGCUGCUCAGCCCGGGCUUCAUGUACAGCCCCUGGAAACUGGCCUUCCUGCGGCAGCACCGAAUCGACAUGAACUGGCGGGGUGGGGAUGCGCGGCACCCCAAGGUCCUGAAAGGGCACGACGACCAUGUCAUCACCUGCCUCCAGUUCUGCGGCAACCGCAUUGUCAGUGGCUCGGAUGACAACACACUCAAGGUCUGGUCGGCUCUCACGGGGGAGUGUGUGCAGACUCUCGUGGGACACACCGGCGGCGUCUGGUCCUCCCAGAUGAGGGACAACAUCGUCAUCAGUGGCUCCACCGACCGGACCCUGAAGGUGUGGAAUGCAGACACAGGGGAGUGCGUGCACACCCUCUACGGGCACACGUCCACCGUGCGCUGCAUGCACCUCCAUGACACCCGGGUGGUGAGUGGGUCUCGGGAUGCUACUCUCCGCUUGUGGGACAUCGAGACGGGGCAGUGCCUGCACGUGUUGAUGGGCCACGUGGCGGCCGUGCGCUGUGUCCAGUACGAUGGUCAGAAGGUGGUGAGUGGCGCCUACGACUACACGGUGAAGGUCUGGGACCCAGAGACAGAGAGCUGCAUCCACACCCUGCAAGGCCACACGAACCGCGUCUACUCCCUGCAGUUUGACGGGAGCCACAUUGUCAGUGGUUCUCUGGACACGUCGAUUCGGGUGUGGGAUGCAGAGAGUGGCAACUGCCUCCACACGCUGAUGGGGCAUCAGUCCCUGACGAGCGGCAUGGAGCUGCGGGACAACAUCCUGGUCUCUGGCAACGCCGACUCCACCGUCAAGAUCUGGGACAUCAAGACGGGCCAGUGCCUGCAGACCCUGCAAGGUCCCAGCAAGCACCAGAGUGCCGUGACGUGCCUGCAGUUCAGCUCCAAGUUCGUGGUGACCAGCUCCGAUGACGGCACGGUCAAGCUGUGGGACCUGAAGACGGGCGAAUUUGUGCGCAACUUGGUGGCCCUGGGGAGCGGGGGCAGCGGGGGGGUGGUCUGGCGCAUUCGGGCCUCGAACACCAAGCUGGUUUGUGCCGUCGGAAGCCGCAACGGGACUGAGGAGACGAAGCUGCUGGUGCUGGACUUUGACGUGGCCCUGAAAUGAGGCCGUGGA